AUGUCGGAAGCGCUGUCGAACGGUGUGCCGAGGGUUCAUGGAGAUGCAUCGGCAGACGCCGAGGAUGAGAGGAUUCUUACCGCGGUCUUUGCAGAACUUGCGGCCGAGGCUUCGGAAAUCGAGCGCGUCGCCCUGGACCUGGAUCGUGCUGGCGAUCCCGAGCAGGCGGUGGCCGUGUACCGACAGGUUGCAGAGCGAUUGGCCAAAGCGGCGGCCUCUUGUCCAGAAGGCAACCCCGACCGAGCCGUUCUGUCCCGCCAUGCUGGCGAGGUGCUCGGCCGGGUGGUCUACCUCGAGAGCUU